GUAUAUCGUCACUUUCAGUUUCGUGUUUACAUGUGGAUAGAAUAUUAUAAUAAGUAGCCCAGGUCUUCUAAACGAAUCAUCUGCUACUGUGGCGAAAAAUGACGACCAAAUAAAGAUGAUAAAAUUUCGUGUCGUUGUUCGUUUUCUUUGCCUGGGCAUUUUCUUGUUUUCCACUUUCACCGUAACAGUUUCGUGGCAAUCACUGACCUCGCUAGUUUUAUUCAUAGUUUCCCUGUAUGUACUUUCUCCAUCAAAGAAUUCCAGUUCCUUUAAUGAGGACGAUCACAAAACAACAAGACAAAUCGUCAAUGAACUUUACCCCCUAGUGGAUGAAGAAGAGCUGAAGAGAAGUGUACACAAGGCUGUGUUUGAUUUUGUGACAUAUGAUGCUUCGAAGAUCCCUGCUAUAGAGAAUUUCAAACCCAUUCAAGAAAACACAGAGUGUAUAUUUGCCAGGAGGGCCAAACUUUGGGGUAAUCAAGAAUGGGACAAAGACCUUAGUUUAGAGGAAAAUACAUUCAGAUUUUUGCCUUCAUUGUUGCACUUCACACUUGUCUGUCGUCAGUAUAAACUUGACGGUUUUCUGAUUGAGGUACCAGUUGAAUUCCACCAAAAGGACAUACAGGUUUUCGCCAAGACGUUUAGAAGAAUACUAAAAGUAAUAUCAGACAACGACCCAAAGGAAGUGAGAUGUAUGAACAAAUCCUAUGUUGCAAAACGAGGAUGGGUUUUUGAGUUCAAUAAUGUGACGUUUUUCAUAACAACAUUUGGACCGUUUUAUCCAAAAACAAACAGCAGAUAUGCGUUCGGUUGUGAAAACUGCUUUAUUUUACUUCAACCGGAGUUGAGUUUUGCGCUUCAUGAUUUAUCGCCAAGCAGUUCAGAGACAAGUUACGAAAACCCUACAACAGAAAGGGACAGAAUUAGGUGUGCAUACAGCAAGGCGGGGAGACCGUAUAUAAUACCACGUGAUAUUACUCAGCCAAUGGCAUGGGACAUGAUAAAGCCCAUCGCAGAUGAUGAUGCAAUCAUUCAGUGGUGGACACAAUAAAUUACAUGUGUUAUGAAGAGUUCUUGAAAUUUUCUUAACACCGGUCAAAGAUUUUUAAUUUAUUUUAUAAAAACGAUGAAUAACUUUUUUCAGUGUCAUAAACUACACAUUUUUGAAAUUAUUUUCUCGUGUCGUGACUACACAUUUAUUAUCCAUUGACAUAAACUUAAAAUGUAUUUAUUUUAUAAUGAAAGUUUAACUACA